AUGAAGUGCGUGCGGGUGCUGGUGGCCGCCUGCCUGCUGCUGUGCGCGCUGGGGCGGCCCGGCCCCACGCGCGCCCGCGGGGAAGCGCAGACCGAGGACCCGCGCCUGGACGAGGACGGGAUCAGCCCCAACGCCACCGCCGGCAACGAGACCAUCCACCCGGAGAAGACGCCGCUUUUCCCGCCCGACCUCUUCACCCUGGAACAGCGCCGCCGGGGCGCCGUCGUUUUCCACAUCUUAGGCGUGGUGUACAUGUUCGUGGCGCUGGCCAUCGUGUGCGACGAGUUCUUUGUGCCCUCGCUCGACGUCAUCAUCGAAAAGUUGGACAUCGCGGACGACGUGGCGGGUGCCACCUUCAUGGCGGCGGGCGGCAGCGCGCCCGAGCUGUUCACCAGCGUCAUCGGCGUGUUCGUGUCGUUCGACGACGUGGGGAUCGGCACCAUCGUGGGCUCGGCGGUGUUCAACAUCCUGUUUGUGAUCGGCAUGUGCGCCAUUUUCAGCCGGACUGUGCUGACAUUGACUUGGUGGCCCCUUUUCCGCGACUGCACCUUCUACUCCGCGUCGCUCAUUACGCUCAUCGUGUUCUUCCGCGAUAACCACAUCUACUGGUACGAAGCCCUCAUCCUCUUCUGCUUCUACUUGGCCUACGUGUCGUUCAUGAAGUGGAACCAACCCGUCGAGCGCUUCGUAAAGAAGCACCUGUACAAGAACAAGGUGACGCGGGUUCGAAGCACAGACCAGCUGAUGCCUUCCGUAAGUGUCCGGGUCAGCAGCGCCCGCCGCCGCCCUGAGCCCCCCCCCCCCGGAAACACCCGGAAUAAACAAAAGCCGCCGGCCAGCGCGAGUGGCUCGCGAAGCGUAGUCUCAAGCUGCCGCGGCCGCUGCGGCGCUGGGCGGAGCGCGUGGGCGGGCGUGGGCCGCGGCACGGGUCGUUGGCGAAGGCGAGCGCCCGAGCGCGGCGAUCAAGAAACGCUCAUCCCCGCCCCGACCCCGCCCCACCCCCCGCCCCGCGCCGCCCCGGCCAAAUGA